AUGAUGCCAAAUUUUCUAAGAUCAUUAUCCACUACGUGCAAUAAUAGAGAUAUUCAGAGAAAGACUAUCUCUAUUGUCGGCUCAGGGCCAUCUGGUUUUUAUACAGCUUAUCGAUUGCUGUCUAAAUCUAAAAUUCCUAUAAAAGUUACCUUAUGGGAGAAACUACCAGUUCCAUUUGGAUUAAGCCGUUAUGGUGUUGCGCCUGACCAUCCAGAAGUAAAGAAUUGUGAAGAAACCUUUACUAGCAUUGCUAAUGAAUAUCAAAAAGAUAAUGGCCUUCAUGAUUUCCAAUUUAUAGGUAAUAGAACGAUUGGUAAGGAUAUCCCGUUAAAAGACUUAAUAGAGAAGCAAGAUGCAGUUAUUCUAUCAUAUGGUUGUAUGGGCGAUAAGAAAUUGAAUAUACCUGGAGAAAAAGACACCAAUGGUGUCUUUUCUAGUAGACAAUUUGUAAAUUGGUAUAAUGGACACCCAGAAUAUUCAACUUCAAAAGUCUUUUCUAAUUUUGAUUGGUCACGUAUCAAGAAUGUUGGUAUUAUUGGUAAUGGUAAUGUUGCAUUGGAUAUUGCAAGAGUAUUAUUAAGUAAUAAUAUAGGUGAACUUUGGGAUAAAACAGAUAUUUCACCUUUGGCUAUGAAAUGUUUGAAUCAAGCACCCAUUAAAAAUGUGAAAAUCAUCGCAAGAAGGGAUUUUGUUCAUUCCAAAUUCACAAAUAAGGAAUUACGUGAAUUAUGGGAAUUAGAAAGAUAUGGUAUCUUUGGAUCAAUUAGUAAGAAGUAUUUCCAAUUAGGUAAUUUAAAUAUUUCCAAUUUAAGCAGGCCAAUGAAGAGAACUGCAGAGAUGUGCUAUGAAUAUUUGAAGCCAUUCAAUGAGAGAACGAAGAAAAGCUACAAAAAAUAUCAACCUUUAGUGAAUGUAGGUGAAACUCAAAGGAAAACAUGGGAAUUAGACUAUUUGAAAACACCUACAAGUAUCAAAAGGGAUUCAAAUGGUAAUAUAACAGCUUUAGAGUUAUUUGAAAAUAAUAUUACAGAAGACAAUAGAGUCAUUCCAAUGAAGGAUCAUGUUAUAAAUUAUGACAUGGAUCUAUUGAUUACGUCAUUAGGGUAUGAAGCUAAACCUAUGGAUGAAUUUAAGGAAUUAGGUAUUCAAUUCGAACAUGGACAUAUUGCUAACGUUGAAGGCCGUGUACAAAACCAAGAGGGAAUCAUAGUUCCGGGGCUGUAUACGGCUGGAUGGGUAAAGCAUGGCAGCAAAGGUGUCAUUGCUGCCACCAUGAUGGAUGCCUUCAACGUUGCAGACGGUAUUUUGGCAGAUUUGGAAACAUUUCCAUCGAAGCCAUCUGUCGAACAAGAUAUAUCAUUCCUUGCUGACAACAAAGUAGAAAAAGUGAGUUGGAGUGACUGGGAAUCGUUAAACAAUUACGAAUUGCUACAGGGGACAAACCAAGGUAAAGUGAGAGCCAAAGUCUUAACUGUACCCGAGAUGCUAGCGCACAAACACCAGAAACCUUCGUACUGA